CCCCCAAAGCUUCCCCCCUCCACUUCUAAUUUCAGUCUUUCAUUCAACCUAUUUGCCCUCUUUCCAACAUUGCAAAUAUCUACCAACAGUGCUCGAUAUAUACUUGCUAAGGCUUACCACUCCAAUUCUAUUAAUCGCGCGCAAUAUUUACAAUUGCGCAUCGCUCGCGCUGAUUGAAUUGUCGGUUUUAAAACGAGUAAAACUCGGUGCGAGCGCUGGCUUCUAACGCGGUCUGCGCCCAAAACAACACGCGCUCCUUAUUUCCCUUGUUUACACCCACCCCGAUAACCUCCCGCCUUUCGUCAUUAUCUUAGACAACGGAAACCUGACUCUGACGCGUUGUCGCACCCGUAGAAGGUCCUUAUACAUUGCUUUAAUGUCAUAAUUAUCGCUCAGCUACCUUUCAUUCCCCCCCAUUGCCUUAAACCUCCUGUUCUUUCGAGGUACCCUGUCAUCGCUGUCGCGAUGUUCUACUCCGAGACCUUGCUCCAGAAGACGGGGCCUCUGGCCCGAGUCUGGCUGUCGGCAAACUUGGAGCGCAAGCUCUCCAAAACCCACAUUCUGCAGUCCAACCUACCUGAUAGUGUCGAUGCUAUCAUCACCCCAAACCAAGCGCCUAUGGCGCUCCGCUUAAGCGGUCAGCUUUUGCUCGGUGUCGUCAGAAUCUACAGUCGAAAGGCCCGCUAUCUCCUCGAUGAUUGCAACGAAGCUCUACUAAAAAUUAAAAUGGCUUUCCGUUCAACUGGAAACAAUGAUAUACCAGAGAAUUUGAAUAUGCCUAAUCGAGAAGCAUUGAUGCUUCCUGAUCAAAUUACUCCUGCCGAUAACUUAAAUAUUCUACCACCGCCAGACGCUAACUGGUUGCUUGGUCAAAUGGAGGACGUCAACGCUCCCCAAAGUAGCGCGGGUACUCGAGGCCGUGGCCGACCCAGCAACCGUGAUAUUAACCUGCAAGAGGACUUCAACAACAGCCAGUUUCUACACGAUGAUCGCAUGGACGAAGACGAAGUGGCACUCGCCCCCAUGGACGACUUGGAGCUAGAUCUUGAUUUUGGAAUGGAUAUCGAUGAGCGACCCCGAGGCGAUAAGAGUAUUGAGAUGGGCAGAGAUGCACCUCCCCCUAGGCCGGUUGAGGACGAUAUUUUUAGCGAACUGGAUGUUGCUCCAUUAGCAAAGGGACCUGACCGUGAGCCAUCGCUAGCCCUCGAUUUUGGGGAUGAUAAUGUGAGAAUCGCGGACGGAGAUGGCGACAUCCCAAUGGACGACGAUUUCCAGUUCAAUAUUGGCGAUCAGUCAGUCGCGCCGGAGAUGGGCGGCGCCCUCGGCCUUGACCGAGCUCGCAUUUCAGAGUCUCCUCUCUCGGACAUCGACGAGAACGUAGCACGAGAUGUAGAGGAGUGGACGCGUCUUAAUAAUACUAGCAUCUACGAACCCGGUCAAGAACCUGAGGAGCCCGAAGCCCUUCCCCAGAAGAGGUCAAAGAAGCGCAAGGUCUUCGGAUUGGACCCGUCUACUCAACUUACUAGCGCGCACAUUAAAGAGCAACAACAGAGCCACGAAAACAUCCUGAAGGCACCCACCUUUAUCUCACGAGACCCUUAUUUCUUGGCUUUAAUUGAGCUAAGGAAUAGCGCCAGUUUUGUAUCUAACACCAUGGGUGACGGACGUGGCAAAGCGUGGGCUCUAGAGUUGAGGGGACUAUUAUCACUUGAUUCCAUCAAGCCAAUCAACGAUCUCAAGAGAAAAAGAGAUAGCGGCGUUGCUGAUGUUGGCGAGGAAGAGGAACAAGGAGCUUCUAAAUCGCCUCGUUUGGAACUGGGUGAGGACGAAGAUGGACUAAUCGUUGCUGAUGCUGGCCUGGGCGAACGCAGCGUUGCCCCUGAUGGCACUAUCCUUGAGAUCGCUGCCGAUAACACCAUUGUACAAUACGACGAUGAUGAUAAUCACCAGCCCCGCGAAGGAAGUCCGAUGCCUGCGUUUGACGAAACCACCGCACCCUUAGUACAUCCUGCCGAUAGCGGCCCGGUCUCGAUGGGUACGAAACAUGCAGUGCACGUCCUUCGAGAUCUGUUCGGCGAAGAAGCAGCUACAAAUGAAGAGAAGCGGAAGAAGUCAGUGGUGUUCCAAGAGCUUCUCCCCGAAGGAAGGACGUCGAAAGCGGAUGCUACAAAGAUGUUCUUCGAAUGUUUAGUGUUAGCAACCAAGGAUGCCAUCAAAGUUGAGCAGAAAGAGGGCACGCUCGGUGGCCCUAUCCGAAUCAGAGGAAAGCGUGGUCUAUGGGGCGCCUGGGCCGAGACGGAAGCCGGCGGAGAAAUUGCUAACCAAGAACAAGUGGCGCAACCCGAUCACCAACAGCCAGAGCCUGCUAUGGCGACGCCUUCUAGAGCUGUAGCGGCGGCGGCAUGAUUGCUUGCUUAUCGCUUAUCAACCGGGUAAUUGGUGAUCGUGGCGAUAAAAGAUGAAGUAAUGGUUCAUGUAUAUACUUCGCUGCACUUAUUGGGAUAUUCCUCCCCGAGCGAUUCUAACAAACAAACAAACAUAGUCUACGGGGUGUCACGGCGCAUGGGAUAUACGGGGGCUAGGGAGAUACCACCAGCCGCGGGCGUAUUGGUCGUCAAAAUCAUGAUGGGAGUUUUCAUUCGGUUCGGGCUGGGGGUUGGUUGGUUGCAUUCUGAUUUUAUGACUUCAAGCCUUAGAUAGUAGCUAGGGGACAGAGUCUGAUAGGUAGGUAGUAUUGAAAUAAUGCAUCGCAAGAGCGUUGUUCUUUUUUAAAAAGUUGGAGGUUCAAAUGAGAGGUAUGAAUGAUAUUGUUGCUGUAUUGUUAGUGAUUUUUGAAUGUUAUAAGAUACCUCCUGGUGUGGAUAUCGAUAUGUUUUGAGUUCCAUGUAGAUUACUGCAUAAGAUAAGGGAUAAGCUUUCAGCUCAGUUUCGAAGGUUUUAGAUGUACCUUAGCUGUGGCGUCAACGUAAUAUGCUACGUUAGCUUGUACGGAUCCGUACCGUACAUAACAGAGCUAGUUUAUGUACAUAUCAGUG